CCUCCUGCUGCACCUGCGCAGGACGGCCUCGGAGUCUCCAGCCCGGGAUCGAGAACCCCGACAUCUCCCGCCUUGUCGACUGCCUCCACGGCCGACGACGAGGACGACGACAUCGGGUCGUCUCCGGUCCUGCCUCUGCUUCCCGCCCCAAAGCUCUCCGAACGGGCUUCGGCAAUCUUGAGGGCGCCAGCUUUUGACCUACACGACUUCCGGCAAUUUGGCACCGCCAGCUGGGGCUCUCCCUAUCUGCGCAGCGACCUCAACCUCCGCCGCCAGAGCUACGCCAGCGACGACGAGUCCGAGAGUGAGGGUGCCGCUGCCGCCGUGCUCGUGCACAGGGCCAGGCAACGCAACAGGGGACUCACCGAGGGCUGGAUCCGCACCCACACCGCCGGCGACCAGAGCACGGAGGCUCGGCUCUGGUUCAGCGACGGAGAAAGCAGCGAGCACUCUUCACUGAGCGGCUCGGAACCUGACUGGCAUCGCCGCCGAGAUCCUCGAACGCCUACCCCUUCGGGACGAUAUAGGGCAAAGUCUCGAUCAACCUCUCGACAUCCCCGCGCCAUCUCCAGCGUGGAGACUCUCAAGGCCGGUGAUCACACCCAGGCCGAUCUCGACGACGAAAUGGAAAGCUCAGUUGCCACCGAGACGGGCUCGGUUGUUGGCCCGCCUGCGGCUGAGCACCGCAACAACAUCACAAACGGUGAAGCGCCGCAGCCUACGGCUGGAAACACAGAGACGCCCGCCCUCAAACUCGCAGAUAAGCCCUUGCCUAGGGAACCGGCUGCCGCGCCCCGAAUCAAGAAGAAAGUACCAUGGAAGGGCAAGAACAUUAUGAUCUUGAUACCGCGGGAUGACGAGCGCGGCCGCCCGGGGCAGCCUCCGCUACCCCUUCGACAGGACGAGAUUGAACGAAUGUUUGACUCAUGGACGGAGCUGGGAUACAGUGUCGAUGGCUUUGACUUGUCAGCCGAGGACAAUACUGUAGGCGAGUCUCAGAGCAGGGAGCUUUGGCCCAGCCUCGAGGAUUUGGCGCAAGAGCGGUACGAGCGUGACUAUACCGUGGUCUUGCCAGACCUGAAUGCUUGGAAAAACUACGUCAAUGAGUUGCAGGAAGCCAAGCUUAGAGCUCUUGGCGUCUCAUUCGGCGGCGACGAGCCUGAAAUUGCGCCCUCAAUAUCCUCACAGCCAUCUCGCAUGCCCUCGGCGCAGUAUCCUCCACUUCCAUUCUCUCCUCCGAUCCCGACUUCCUCAGCAUCCAGCAACCACGCGAUACCCGGCUUCCCAUUCCCGGCCCCUUUCAUUCCCGGCGCCGCAUCUACUCAGAGCCCUGGCUUGCCCGCGGGUGCUUCACCAGUUUCCUUUGGCGUCCACGGCAAGUUUAGCACACGGCAGUCCAUCUCAUUCCCUGCCACCAGCUCGCCUUUCCAGCAGCCGCCUCAGGGAUGGCAAAACCAGGCUGGUGCUAUGCAAGGCCUAAGCCCUCUUGACUCGCCGUCGGUCAUGAGUCUCAACGGCAUAAUGUCGCCUCAGUCCCCUUACGGCAUUGAGGGCUUCAACCAGGCCGGGAGCCCGGCGUUUAACCUGCACCAGCGGCACCAGUCGCUGCAAUACAUGCCGCAGCAGUAUGCUAGGGCAUCGCCUCGCCUGCAGGACGUCCGGGAAGAUGAAGAGGAAGAAGAACAACACCAACAGCAGCAACAGCAGCAGCAACAACAGCAGCAACAGCAGCAGCAGCAGCCGCACGUGGGCAAGAGCCCCUCCAAGACUCCGGAGCCUGCGCAACGUAAUGCCGAUCAGCUACAGGCCGAGAUUGAUGACGCCGAGUACCAUCUGGAGGAACAGCUGCGUAACGAGCUGGAGCACGAAGACUACAACCCCCAGACCAGAGCGGAGUCCAUCAAUCAUCAGCCAUUUGGGUCUGCCCAUGGUCACCAGCCCUCGGCCGGCGGCUUUGCAACGGUCGAGCAUUUUGCCAACGAGCCAAACAAGCCGCUCGUCCUGCAUCAUCCGCGACCUCACAGCCGUGGCCAUUCACUUACGCAAAACUUCUAUCGGGAUGACGAUGCUCCCGAUGCGGUGAACCAGGGAAGCUUGCCGCAGUUCGCACCAUUGAACGACAUUCCGGAAACCCAGCGUGUCGACGAGGCUUAUGAUGAGAUCCAAACCAACCCCAGCAACCUCGGCACCCCGAUUCAAGACAUUGACUUUGCUGCGGCCUUUAGCCAGCACCAAAAGAACAUGUCGGCUUCGAGCAACCCCUGGCAGGAUGCCGUGUCACUCGCCAAUGGCGGCGGCCAGCAUUCAACGCACGACAGCAAGUCGUCCCUGUCCAAGUUCAAUGUCGAGGCCCCAGAAUUCAAGUUCAAUCCCACCAGCACCUUUACCCCUGGCCUCUUCAACUUUUCCGCCAGCAGCUUCCAGCCUGCCGUCUACCAUGCGGCUCCCCCGGAGAUCAUGGACCAAACUCCCUUCGGAGCGCCGCCGCCGCAGCCGCAGCCGCCGGCAGCCAAGAUCAACGUCAAUGCCCCGACGUUUGCUCCCGGUCAGAGCGAGUUCAGCUUCUCUUCCUCGGGCCCCAAGUUCCGGCCUGACGCUCCCGCCUUCACACCCUUCCAGUCCCAGGCCAGCUCUGCACCAAACGCCGCCCCGUCUGGCAACAAGGGCUUCCCGAGACGGACCGAUUCCAUCUUCGGCAAUAUCAACAUCGAGCCGUCAGCGAUGCCUUCUCCGAAGAAGUCCAAGGCUGUCCCGAUCCUCAGGCCCUCGAGUACUGUGUCUGCUGACUCACCAGCUGCGUAUGACGGUGAUGUAAGGGAUCCAGAGGGCCGCGUUGGCGACAUCUCAAGGGUCAAGAGGGCCAAGAGCGCCAAUCUCUCCGACACCGAUGAUGUGCCUCUCUUUGCUGAUCAACCCGCGGCCGAGUCUUCGUCGGUCAAAGAAGCACGCAGCGUUGCUGAAGAAGGCUCCGUCGACGGAGAAGCCGUGUUGCCCGCUGACACUUCCAUGUCCUCGGUCGACCAGAUCGAUACACAAGUUACCACUGCCGCUCCCUCGGAGACUUCACCAGCUGAAGCAUUUGCCAAGUGGAGGUCGUCAUUCCAACACACUCCUCGGCAGCACUCAACGGCCACCCCGGUGUCGCUCCCAGAGGAGGCUGAACCUCGCUCCGACGGAGAGGAGCUAUCCGACUCCACACAACCCCAGGUUCUCUCUGCUCCCGAGGACCCCCAGACUCUGGCAGCCAGGCGCAAGCUCACGCCCAAGGGUCUCUCCGGCUCUCGUUUCGCAAUGCCCCCGCCCAAGCCGUCGGGCCUUGCCGCUUCCCGCUUUGCAGAGCCGACUCCUGCCCCUACCGCCGAUCGAGAUGACGGCGCAGUUGAGCAGGCACAGGAAGAGCCCAGCACCUUUAACCCUACACCCACGACCACCGGCGAGAAGCGUUCUCCUACCUUUGAGGAAAUUGACGCAGUCAUGCAGCGGAUGGAGAGGGACCACUCUCAAGGCGUUAACAAAUCCGUUGAGACCUUCAAGUGGCCUCGCCCGUCUGUCGAGGCUCCCAUAUCGUCUGAUGAACUGCACAUUCCUUCUGAUCACGCACGCGAAGGCAUGAGCAUCGUCCCGCGACAGUACAGCCCCGUCCCAGACAAUGCCUCUCAGCCCCUGGUAAGCACCGAGCUGGAAGAUCCGUUUGUGGACCCGCCUAUGAGCGCCCAAGCUCCUAGACGCGGUCAUGCAUUUGCAGAGGAAGAGCUUGACAGCGAGCCUCUGAGCGACUGGGAAGCCGCCUUUUCUGAGGAUGAGCACUCGAAACUCCAACACCGUGCCCAAUUCUUCGACGGCCGGGUCAAUGAGGUUGUUGGCAACCUUCUGGCGUCCAGACUCGCGCCUCUCGAGAAAGUUCUCCUAUCUCUUCAUCAAUCCAUGGCCUCCAGGGGCCAGCGUCCAUCCUCUUCUCGGCGGGACGCCCGUGGCGGUUCGAUGGAGUACCAGGAAAGCGAUGCCGAUGACGAAGAUGACGAGCCGAUCCCUCGCCGUUCAACCAGUCCCAAGAGGGAUCGCAGGCUAGAUCAGAUCCGCUCAAUUGUUGUUGAGGCCCUAGCAUCGCAGCAGCGCAGCCCGCUGGCUCUCACCGCGGAUACCAGCGAUGAUACAAACCUGCUGAAAUCCCUUGGCGAGAUCAAGGAGCUCUUGAUUUCCAGCGCUAGGCCCACGCCUCGUGGUGACGAGACUGCUCCUUUCGAUAGCAUGCUUCAGCCCAAGCCUGACGAGGAGCUUCUUGCCAAGAUUCGGGACCUCGAGACGAAGAAUGCGGAUCUCGAAUCGCGACUUCGCUUGGACCAGGAGUACCUUGACAGGGAGAUUUCCGAGCGCAGGGCUGCCGAAGAUGCUGCUGCCGAGCUCGAUCGAAAGCUGCAGUCCGCAGAGACUCGCGUAGAGAUUGAAAUUCUCAACCGAACCGUAUUCGACCAACGUGUUGCCGAGCUUGAAGAGCGGCUGAGGACCCAGGAGGACCUUGUCGAGCAGGAAGUCAAGGCAAGGCGUACCGCCGAGGAUAACCUAUCCGAGGCUCAGCGCCUCUACCGCAAUGCUUCUGAAGAAGAGGCUCGAUUACGCGGAGUGGUCAAAGAGCGAGACCACGUCAUAAAGACGCUUGAGCACUCCGCCAGCAAGGCUACCAUGCAGCUGACCGCCCUGGAGGCUGCUCGAGACAACUGGACCCAUCAUCAAGCCGAAAUGGUGAACACAAUCAAUGUUCUCGAAGCCGACCUCCGCAACGUUCGCCAGGACAACAAUACCUGGAGAGCGGAGGCUGAGCGUGCUGAUGAGGCCGCUCGCCGCAGCAAUGGCGAACUCGGCCAUGCUUUGGAUGAGAACAAGCGCCUCCACAGAUCACUCACCAGCGUUGUUGCCCAGCUCGAAGAGAACGAGCGCCUUCGCGAGUCAUGGCGCUCCAAGUUCCUCUCUCUCCAGGACGACAUGGGACAGGCCGCCCGCGAGGUUGCCGAGGAGAACGCACGACGCAUCAAGAGAGACCAGGCCAUGCUGGCACGCCAAGACGUCCUGGAAGCUCGACUGCAGGCUGAAUCCAAGACUAGGGAACGCCUCGAGGUCGAAAUGGAACGGCUGCAGAACAACGAGCGGGCUGGUAUGCGCGCCGUCAAUGAGUGCAACCGUCUCGAGGAGACGCUCUCUGAGCUGCGUGCCGAAAACUUUAAGCUCCAGCAAUCGUGUGCCCGCUACCAACGCGAGUUCGAAGAGGCUCGCGAGUCAGGGGCUAGCGAGGUCAAGAGGACACGCAUGUCUCUGCAGACCGAGCUCGACGCUGCCAACAACCAGGUGAACAUUAUCCGUGAAGAGUACGAGGAGCAGAACGCCAAGCUGCGCGCUGAGCUCGAUCACCUUAAGCUGGCGAUCGACACGGCCAAGGCACAAAACGAAAUGCUUCUCGAGGGUGCCCAGGCCAGCAGUGCCAACGAACUAGAGGAACUCAAACGCAAGCACCAAAACGAGCUGGAGGACAUUCAGGCUCGCUAUGAACGCCAAGUCAACAAUGCCAUCGAGGAUGGCCAACGGACAGAGCAGCACCUCUUGGAGCGCCUCAGUCUGUCCACGUCGAAGACGGAGCAUCUCCAGGACCGCAUACUUCAUCUUGAGGAGAAGCUUGAGAUUACGAAGCAGGCCGCUGCCGCCGCAGCUCAAGCUGCGAAGUCGGCUGGCGUCGACUCUUCGGUCUUGAGCACCACGAUGGCGAAACCAGCAGAGAGGGUUGAGAUGCCUGAAAGGAUCUCCCCACAGGCUCUCCGGGAAUCCAUCAUGGUUCUUCAGGAACAGUUGCAGGCCCGCGAACAGCGCAUUGAGGAGCUUGAGCAAACCGUUGCCGAGCUUGAUCCCGAUGCUGCGGUCAAAAUCUCUAAGCGCGACGACGAGAUCAACUGGCUGCGUGAGCUGCUCGCUGUGCGACAGGGAGAUUUGCAGGAUAUCAUCUCGGCGCUUUCAGGCGAAAGAUUUGACCGUGCCGCCGUCAGGGAUGCUGCCAUUCGACUCAAGGCCAACCUGCAGAUGGAGGAACAGGAGCGCGAGAGGGCCAUGAAUGGCGGUUCGGCCAUUACCCUUCCCAACAUUGCCCAGACGAUUCAGGCUGCAACGCCGCGCGUGGCGCAGACCAUCGCUCCCAUUGCGGCCGCCUGGGGCAAUUGGCGCAAGAGUGGCCAGUCCAGCUUCCGAGGCAUUUCAGGAGUGUUGAGUUCGCCCGCUGUUGCGAGCAAUUCCACUCCUACUAAGAGCAGAAAUGACCCGAUGCAGAACGGUGGCGUCGCGAGCGGCCUCCUCACGCCUCCAGCCACGGCUCUGAGACAGUCCCCCACUCAGGACAAUCACCCGCAGCCCACCGCGUUCUCGAGCAUUGGACGGCGAUUCACGGGGCAGAGCAUCCAGGCGGGGCGGGCACGACGGGAGUCCAACAUCUCGCAUCGAUCCGACAAGACAUCCUUUCCCGGCCUCCCCCAUCGACGUCAAGAGUUGGCAGCCGAGCCAGUGACGCCGCCCUCCAUGAUACACCAGACGGCGUAUGAUGAGGAUGCGCAACCUGGCGAUUUUGACGACCAUGACUUUUUUGAAGAG